AUGGAAGAAUGUAGGGUGACUGCGCCUACUUACGCAGAAGCUCAAUUGACAUCCCGGGCGGUGAGCCUGCCGGUCGGUGUCUGCCGGUCGGCGUCGCGCAACAAGGGUAAAGGCGGUCUCAUCUUAAGCGUACCCGUCGGAGCUGAGGAAGACAGGGAGGGGCUAGACGAGGGCGGGCAACGCAGAUUGCAUUCGCACGAUCGCAGAAUAGCCGAUGAGUCACAUCGAGGGAUAGGGGGUGGCGGAGCUCAGGAGCUCGGUGAUCCGGAUCAAUAG